UGGAACGUGAGGGUUCGUGUUUGCGAUUGACAGCUGAAUAGCCAAUCCCAUACAAAAACACGUUUUUCGCAAGCCAAUCAUGUUGUUAAGUUGGCCAACUUUACAAUCGCAUCUGCUGCCACCCCCCAAGCUUUCCCCACCUCUCCAUCGCCAGUAGUCCUUAGCUGUAAGUGGGCUGGGCUCAUUUUGGUCUUGUUUGAUCGAUUAGACGGGUCUUUGUGGUCGGACCUGGAAAGGCUGCUUCCUUUAGUGCAUCCGGCACUGGCGAGGCUGAGCGGAGUCUAGUGCCGGCAAAGUAAUUCGAGAAGCAAGUGAUGAUAUUGCCUGUCUUCACUCCCUAGGAACUUACAGUACAGGAAGAUGGUCUUGGCAGAAACUGUACAGGGAACAUUGCAGCCUGUUUCCUCUGCCUUACCUUUCAGAUAACUGCCUUAGCUGCCUGGGAGCACUGGAGCAAAACUGUUAAGUUUGAAUUGAAACUGUGCAGGUCUCCUGCUUGCCGGGUAGCAACAACCAGCCAAAAUGACAACAUCAUCUAUUAGGCGGCAGAUGAAAAACAUCGUCAACAAUUAUUCUGAAGCUGAAAUUAAGGUGCGUGAGGCCACAUCCAAUGACCCAUGGGGGCCAUCCAGUUCACUGAUGACUGAGAUUGCAGACCUGACCUACAAUGUGGUGGCUUUCUCAGAGAUUAUGAGCAUGAUCUGGAGGCGACUAAACGACCAUGGCAAGAACUGGAGGCAUGUGUACAAGGCAUUGACACUUCUUGACUACCUGAUUAAGACUGGUUCAGAAAGAGUGGCUCAGCAGUGCAAGGAGAACAUCUUUGCCAUUCAGACCCUGAAGGAUUUCCAGUAUAUUGACCGAGAUGGCAAAGAUCAAGGAAUCAAUGUGCGAGAGAAGUCAAAGCAGUUGGUGGCUCUGCUGAAAGAUGAUGAUAGGUUAAAAGGGGAGCGAGCCCAGGCCUUGAAAACCAAGGAGCGUAUGGCACAGGUUGCCACUGGUGUUGGCAGUAACAACCAGAUCACUUUUGGCCGUGGCUCCAGUCAACCAAACUUGUCUACAAGCUAUUCAGAGCAGGAAUAUGGCAAGUCCGGUGGUUCUCCUGCCUCCUACCAUGGGUCGACUUCUCCGCGCACAUCAUCAGAGCUUGAGCAAGCCCGACCACAGACCACCGGAGAAGAAGAACUCCAGUUACAACUUGCCCUGGCAAUGAGUCGAGAAGCAGCAGAGCAGGAGGAGAGACUGCGACGUGGUGAUGACCUAAGGCUACAGAUGGCAAUUGAAGAAAGUCGGAAGGACACUACAAAAACUGGUAAAAAGAAAGAGCCUGCCCUGAUGGACCUGAUGGACGCUUUGCCUGCUGCCCCUAAGCUGGAGCCAUGGGGUCCUUUGACAGUUGAGAAAAAGGCAGACCCCUGGGGUGGGGGAGCCACUGCGGCCACCCCAGACCCCUGGCAGUCCUACGGAACUAAACCUGCUACUGUUUCAGGUGAUUCUUGGGGUUCAUCAUCCAGCAAACCCCCCGAUCCAUGGGCAGCAUCUAAUAGCAGUGUUUCAUCAUCCAAGCCAGCCCAAAAUCCUUGGGGUUCGGGUCCUGGAAACAGAUUUGGUAAAUCAGACUUUGAUGUUUUUGGCGUACUGAAUGGCACCACUAAGGAUGAGUUCUCAGAGUUUGACAGCCUUCGCUCAACAAAACCCAGUGAUACUAUGGAAAGCACAUUGCUUACACCUAUGGCUUCUAGUUCCUCUAAAUGCUUUGAUUCUCAGCAAAGUGGUCUGCCUCCAUCUAUGCAGAGUACCAAUGCUCGGAAAACACCAGAGUCCUUCCUUGGCACAAAUGCGUCUCUUGUCAAUCUGGAUUCAUUGGUCACCAAACCCAUGCAGCCUUCCACACUCUCAAAUCCCUUCCUGGGUUCAGGAGCCCCUGUCCCAGCACCCAUCAACCCUUUCCAGAUCAACCAGCCACAGCCUCCCACGCUGAACCAGAUGAGAGCCAGUCCCAUGGGGAGCCUAAGCAACCAAGGCUUGAAUAUGAUGCCUUCUGCUGGAGCAGAGCCUCUUCCUCUGUCUACCAUGGGUAUUGCCCCAGGCAUGGCUGCAAUUGUACCAAUGGGUAGGAUGAGCCAAGGAGUGGGCAUGUCCAUAGCAGGAUCAAUGCCCCAACCACUGAUAAGUACUGGGAUGCCACCUACUUCUACACACACUGCCAGUACAACUAACCCUUUCCUACUGUGACCUCAUCGUUGCCCAUCAUGGAUGAACACCAAUAUUAGCUAACUACUGGCUAAAUAACUGGUCCGCUGUGUUAGAGGCUGGUUUUGUGGAGUGUGUUUACUUUUUUUUUUUUUUUAUUUUAUUUUAAAUACUUAUGGAGUAGACUUGGUGUUUACAAUUUGGACUGUAUGUUUUUGGAAGGAGUAGCAGUCUCUGCCCAGGGGAGGUAGGUAUGUUGGCAGUAUUUUGCUGAGAGGUAAUGGCUGUUACUCCAUUCUGUUCCAUAUAUAGCAGCCAUUAAUGGUGGAACAGUGAACACUGGAUUGCCACCUGUUUAUUAUAUGUCAGUCCAAUGUGCAUUUCUGGGCUGCUGAUUCUGCUGCUUAUGAAGAAGGGAAUCCUCUAGCUACCCUACCUUAACCAUUCAGGUCUCCUUAUAUGCCAUUUUAUCAAUGGCACUUGUGUAGGAUCUGAAAAUUUAAAAUGUAUUCAAAACACUAGCUUCUGCUCCUCGGAUGGUUUACAGUGUUCUUUAACAAUAUUAAACACUAACUGAUGACUGGCCAAACGUUCAGCAUGCGGUCCUAAACAUGGUGCCUGGCUAUAAGGGAGUCACUGUCUACUCUGUACUAGGAUGUGUCAUGUCUGGGCCUUGAGGACUUAAGUGUCUUGCUUUUAUUUCCAUCUUACUCUCUCAGUUAAGUAACAGUUUGUACUUUUGGAUGUAUCUAAUGUGAUUUACACUUACUAACUGAAGUGAUUUUUUUAAAUAACCUUCACUAUAAGUUACAUCUCCUUUCACCUGUUUGUCAGCUUUCUUUUAAGGGUCACUUAAUAGUUGCCAACUUUUUCUGUGAUUUAAGGGAGUAGGUGUGGAAAAAACAGAUUCUGACUAAAGAAACGGAAUUGUUUAUGCAAUUGUACGCUUAUCUCCUCUCCCUAAGAAAGCUAGUUUUGCUGUCACUUAAGAAUUGUUUUUCCUACCUAGUAUAUUCUUCAAAGUGUGAAAACUAGAACACAUGAAGUACAGGCAUCACUGGGUAAGAAGUCAUAAACAGAAUGACGGCAAUCAGAAAGACCGUUUUGGUAAUGUUAAGGGUUAUCUGUGGUACCACCUUAGCAUUUAUAACCCAACCCUGGAAGUAAGGAAUGGUGGGGGUGGUUUAGCUGCUCAAGAAAGGAGUGGAUUGAUAAUUUGUUUAUUUGGUAAUAGCCGACACGCAGAGCUGGUGCUAACCAAUUUGACAUGUCAAGUGCAGAAGGCUAUCGACAUGAACUUGUGCUACCACUAGAAUAGAAACAACUUAUUCUGUUCUCCUUUCACUUUUUUUUUUUUCCUUUUUGGUCAGCCAUGACAUGUCCCUACCCAUUUUCCCCGACUCCGUUUUAAACACGUGUUUGUAACUUCAAGUUAAAGAUGAAUUUAGGUGCCACCCCUGUAAUUAUGGACAAAUGUGUGCUCUCUCUUUUUAUCCGUUUGUAAAUUCCCUAAGCAAUAUCCCACUUUUUAUACAACCACAGAAUCAAAAAGUGCAAAAACGAUACUUGAUGAUAACCGUUUUUUUUUUUUUGGAUUUUUUUUUUAAAGAAAAAGCCAAGGGACAGCCACGAAUCUUGUCACUAGAGGCCUAUUGAGCAGGACUCGAUUCUUUUAAUACUUUUUGUAGGUGUUAAGCCUGCUCUUUUUAAAUCUUGUAGACAUACCUGAAUACUGUUUUGUUUUUUUUAGAGUAAUUAUCAUUAGAACACUAUUUUUGAUAUGACCUGGCAGGAAUUUCGAUAUAUUGUCUUUUCCCAUUAAUUAAUUUCUCUAUUUUGAACUUGGUUCUCAUGAAAAACGGGUUUUUUGGACACCCUUCUCCCUAAAAAUGCUGAUUGCACUGCAUUGCAAGUAGGCAUCUCGGCUUGGAACGUUUCACUUGAGUUUGCCAACAGCAAGAUUUUGUAACUCUUUCUAAAAAAGUAGGGACUUGUGCAUAAGGAGGUGUAUUAAGCACAUCGUCUAUUUAGGUCAUGUAUGUUUUAUCUUACUUGUCAGAAAUUCUCACUUCUUGGUAAAAAAAAAAAAAAAAAAGGCUACUUUGCUCACCCUGUGUAUCCUAAUGAAUGCUUCUACCAAGACCAUCACUCAGGCAAAGUCAAAAAAAGCUUUAAGUUGCAGUUCUUUUUUUUUUUUGUUUUUCUUUAAACUGACUCAUUAGGCAGUAGGGCUAAAAUGAAAAAAACGCCCCAACUGGCCGAGAAUCUACAGAGGAAGUAUUUCCAGCAACAUAUGCACCUGCUUGCAUUAUCAUUAUUGCUGAAUUUUUUUUUUUUUUUUUUUAAACUUGCCUCUUGUUAUGUACUAAUAUACAUUUAUUGUGGGAGACUAACUUAAUUUUAUGGCAAAUAUGCAUUAAGAAAUUUAUUUUUUCAUGUGUUUAUUUACCAAACGUUCAUUAUAUUGGGAGCAGGCUGCUUUUUUAUGAAUUUGUGCUUAACUUGUUGGCAUUACUGUAUAAUAUAAUUUAUCAUUUGUACUAUAGUAACAUAUUGUUCUGUAUCUUAUUUCUGUGUAACAGUUUCUAGGAAAGUCACAUGAGAAAUGUGAUUGUAUUUAACACCGAGUGAACAGCAGCAGAUCAGAGGACGUGUAUCUCCAAUGGUUGAAUAAACUGCGUUGCUGACGGAA